CUGACCAAACACAAACCACAAGAGUCACAAACUCGGUUCGACUCAUUAUCAGCGCAUCCGCGCACCUAUACCCCAGAAAUCAAGCGCCAUGUCUCGCGCACCAACCGCCUCCGCGACGGGCAGCUCAAGGAAGAUCUCCUUCAAUGUCUCGGAACAGUACGACAUUCAGGACGUCGUCGGAGAGGGAGCAUACGGAGUAGUAUGCUCGGCACUACACAAGCCGUCUAGCCAGAAGGUUGCGAUCAAGAAGAUCACGCCAUUCGACCACUCCAUGUUCUGUCUAAGAACACUGCGAGAGAUGAAGCUCUUGAGGUACUUCAACCACGAGAACAUCAUCUCCAUCCUUGAUAUCCAGAAGCCUCGAAACUACGAGACGUUUACAGAGGUCUAUCUCAUCCAGGAGCUGAUGGAGACGGACAUGCAUCGCGUUAUCCGCACUCAAGAGCUUUCCGACGACCACUGCCAAUACUUCAUCUACCAGACACUGCGAGCCUUGAAGGCCAUGCACUCCGCCAACGUGCUACAUCGCGAUCUCAAGCCCUCCAACCUCCUCCUCAAUGCCAAUUGCGAUCUCAAGGUCUGCGACUUUGGUCUCGCGCGAUCUGCAGCUUCAACGGAGGACAACUCCGGUUUCAUGACCGAAUACGUUGCCACUCGUUGGUACCGUGCGCCCGAGAUCAUGCUCACCUUCAAAGAGUACACAAAGGCCAUUGACGUGUGGAGCGUGGGAUGCAUUCUGGCAGAGAUGCUGAGCGGAAAGCCGCUUUUCCCCGGAAAGGAUUACCACCACCAACUUACCUUGAUUCUUGACGUGCUAGGCACACCAACCAUGGAAGAUUACUACGGCAUCAAGUCUCGCCGCGCUCGCGAGUACAUCCGAUCGCUACCUUUCAAGAAGAAGAUUCCGUGGAAAGCCAUGUUCCCAAAGACUUCGGACCUCGCUCUUGACCUGCUAGAGAGACUUCUUGCGUUCAACCCUGUGAAGCGCAUUACUGUUGAGGAUGCUCUGAAGCACCCAUACCUGGAACCGUACCACGACCCGGAUGACGAGCCAACUGCGGAUCCAAUUCCAGAGGAGUUCUUCGACUUUGAUAAAAACAAGGAUAACCUGACCAAGGAGCAGCUGAAGCUCCUCAUCUACCAGGAGAUCAUGCGGUAAAGGUCCGCUUUACAUGCUCAUCUUUGGUAACUACCAACACUACGACUUUUUGGCAUCAACUUGAGCUUGAUUGGUAAUACUUUGGGAUGCUAGGACGCCAUCAUUCAUGCUCACCUUGGCUGCAAUUCUUCUAUUCUCCCUUUCUAGCGCGAAUGUCGAAUUGCUUUACAGUCGACAGAGCCGAAUCUGGCUACUAUUAGUAAAGGGCUUUGUAGCAAAGUUCACGAACACAUCUCUUGCAUUAGCACA